AAUUGUAUUUUCAUUUGUACGCUUAACAACACUGUUCUUUAUAUAACUAGAGAGAGUCGCCUUUUUUGCAUUUGUAGCAACCAAAAAUUAAACAAAUCAAUGGCAAACACACAAAAUAAGGAUGCAUGCACCAUUUGCGAGAAAGUCGGCCUGAAGCCCUUCACCAAAGACAACAUUUUCAACUAUUACAUACCACUGCACGGUCUCGUCAGCUAUGGGGCACUCAGCGUCAACGUUAUGAAUCCUCAGAUUGUGCCGAAGCUGUUGCCCAAAAAGGAUCUGACCAAUGUCUUCCUCAUUUCCGCCGUUGUGGGCAGCGCCUGCUACAUUUACGGCCGACCCCAUUUAAAGGACAUUAAGAACGAGAAGCGCGUAGGAUAUGCAUUGCUUGGUGCCACUCUGUUCAGCAUGGGAUCGGUGCUCGCCUGGGCGUUAAUCAAAUCUGCCCUGCCAAAGGAAAAUUCAGUCCUGGCCACUUUGGCUGGCUUGGGGACUGGCGCUGUAAUCGUUAAGAUUGGCACAGACUAUAUUCACGAUCUGGACAAACUGAAGAACUAAACGGGCAAUCCAUGUGGAAAUGGUAAAGGCGAUUUAUGUUGUACACUAGUUUUUCUAAACAUAAGAAAAGCACUGUGCAAAACAAGAUUUUUGCGUACACAGAAUAAAAAUGAAUAAAAAAUUGAUUUAGUGAAAAUAA